GAUCUUAAAAGCUUACCGAUUCGUAUUACUACGAGUGAUCUUAAGAAUGUACCAACUCAUGUCAUCAAUUAUGUUGACGACUUUGAAGCUAGAUACUCUCUAAUAGAUGUAUCUGAUCAUAAACAUAUUGUUUUUGGAUGUCAGAGAUUUUGUUAUGUUGGCAA